AUGAAACAAUGCGCCCUAAACUGGUCUACACAGUUCCUGUCUACUGCAGGCAAGGCAGUGAUGAUCCAAUCAGUACUCUCUGUAAUCACGUCCUUCUCUAUGACUUGCUUUGAUCUCCCUGUCAGUCUCUGUAAACGAAUCCAGUCAGUACUGACAAGAUUCUGGUGGGACUCUAAAGACGGUGUGAGGAAAAUCUGUUGGGUCUCGUGGGAGAAAUUGACACAACCGAAAGACCUAGAAAGAUUGGGGUUUCGAGAUAUACAGGCCUUUAACCACGCGCUCCUAGCAAAAAUAGGGUGGAGAUUACUUACCAAUCCAGACUAUCUCUUAGCAAAGGUUCUUCUGGGCAAAUACUGCCAUAAGACAUCCUUUCUAAAGACGCAACCGACCUCCUCGAUCUCGCAUGGUUGGAGAGGAAUCCUGUGGGGCAGAGACCUUCUUCUAAAUCACCUAGGCAAGGCAGUAGGAAACGGUGAAUCAACAUCUGUUUGGACAGAUUCUUGGAUUCAACCAGAGACGAAGCUCAAACCUAUUGGCCCCGUCUUCCUCCUAGACAGAGACCUCAUGGUCUCAGACCUAUUGACACGAGAAACAAGAGAGUGGAAUACCGACCUUGUGGAGAAGCUCAUGCCCGAACUAAAGGAACACGUACUGAAGCUGCGACCUAGUGUCCUUGAGAGUGUGGAUCACAUCCUCUUUCACUGCCAAUACGCAAACGAGGUCUGGAGGUAUGGACCGUGGAAUCAAUCCAUCGAUACAACUGAUGCUACAACGUUCUUCGAAAAGCUUGAGAGAUCUUGGAACUUAACUCCCCUCCCACCUUAUGGAUUCACGGGCAAUGCUUUGCCGUGGAUAUGCUGGGCCCUCAAGGAAUGGGAGAUUGCGCAACCCCCGAGCCUGAAAAUCCCCAAAUCAUUGACUACUGGCCAGCAACACAAUCCGAUGGUCCUUGAUCCCUCUGAAAUCUUCUGUAACACUGACGCGUCCUGGAGUCACACCUCUAAAGAAGCAGGACUAGCUUGGAUCUUCACAAAUGGAUCAGCAACAGAGAUAUUUCGCGGGUCGAUCAAGCAAAGCGCAGCCUCAUCGCCAUGCAUGGGCGAAGCUCUGGCGAUGAGAGAGGCCUUACUCCAAGCAGCCACCAAUCACUACUCCAUUAUCUGUAUUCGAACAUACUCUCAAGUGCUUGCACAAGCUAUCACCUCUCGACGGAAGACGACGGAACUCUACGGGAUUCUAUCAGAUAUCGACGAGCUCGCUUUCUCCUCUUCCUCCCCCUUUAUCAAUUGUCGUUUUACUUAUAUUUCUAGGGCCAAUAACGGGCCGGCUGAUGGGCUUGCCAAGGCCUGUCUGGUAGCACAGCCCGUUGUAAACCCAAACCAAAACUCUGUUUAA